AUGGAGCCUAUGAUGCAAAAAUUCAGUUUGCAUUUGUCCGACCCAGAUUCUUCUGCUAAAUUGUCCACAUCAGCGGACGCCACUGCGGCUUCUAUCACUGAGUUCAUUUAUGACACCGACUCCAGCGGUACCUUUUAUGCUUGGUUCAAACGUUGGGAAGACAUAUUCUACGUGGAAAUUACCAAGGCCGAUGAUGCAUGGAAGUCCAACUCAAUCUUAGCCACAUUCCAGACUGAAUUUGAGGCACGGAGGAAAUAUCUGACGGUUACCAUCAAUGGCAAACCUGUACACCUCCAGCUGGACCCGGCAUCAGACAUCAGCCUCAUCUCCAAACGCACUUGGCACAUGAUUGGACUGUCUCCGAUGAUCACAUUGGAUAAAAAGUCUAUGAAUAUUUCAGGCGGAUUCCUCCGGCUCACGGGAGAGCCUGAAUGUGACGUUUCCUUUGAGGGCACACAAUUCAAGGAAACAUGCUACCUUACCAACCGCCCGAAGCUUAACUUAAUUGGCCUUGACUGGAUUAGGAAACUCGGUCUCCUAGAACUGCCACUUAACCGCAUUUGCAAUGCUGUGCAGUCAAUUUGGCCCAGUCCCGCCAAAUCAAAUCAGGUGGCGACAAAGCUGAUGUCGACCUUACAGGCGAAGUUUGCUCCAGUUUUUCAAGAAGAUCUUGGUUGCUACAACAAGCCGAAGGUCACUCUUCGUAUUCAACCAAACGCAAAACCUGUUUUCAGGCCAAAAAGACCAGUUCCUUACGCCGCACUUACAGUGGUGGACCAAGAACUUGAUCGUCUUCAAAGAGAUGGCCGCUGGGCAACCAUGCUGCUGGGCUGCGACUUCGACAUUCGGUACCAGUCUACAACAACCAUCGGUCAGGCAGACGCACUCUCACGCUUGCUCAACUCACGGACUGAGGAACCUGAGAAUACAGUCAUAAUGUCCGUCUCCAUUGAGUCCGAGGUCAACAGUCUACUUAUGGACUCCAUUAAUGCAUUCCCCGUCACGUUUGAGGAAGUCCGAAAGGCAACCCAGCAGGAUCCACUGUUGAGGCAAGUUAUCAAGUACCACCGCAAUCAGUGGUCCGUGAAAACCUCUGGGAAAUUGUAG